AUGACUCAACUUCCGGCGCCAGCACAAAACCCGCACACCACCACAACCACAGCAACAACCACCGCUAACGCCUUCGCAAUAGAAGAAGACUCGAGGGCUACGGCCAGUGACUGCAGCAGCGAGCAGCUUGCCAUCCCGAUAUCAGAUACAGCUAGUACAAUGGCAACCCCGCAAGACCAAGCAAGCGCUCCAGCUCCGCCCGCGGCCGCGACACAACCAGGUGCGCAAUCUACUCCACCAGUCGACACAGCACCAUCAAAAACUCCAAAGCCCGCCAGCGCUCAAAAACAGGCAAAGGAGAAACCAGCUGCUCCAGAUGGCACAGAGAAGCUCUCCGGCGCUGAACUGAAGAAACGAGCAAAAGCCGAGAAGGCUGCGAGGCGCGCGAAGGAGAAACAGGAGCGUCCUCGUCCCACAAGCGAAGACCAAGAAGACGAUACUGCUCCUUACGCUGCUUCUACUGGUUCAACCGUUUCUUCAGCUACUUCGACACCGCAAGGCCCGUUGACACCAAAGAAGGCUGCUUCUGUUAAAUCAGAUACUUCAAAGUCGUCGAGCAAGUCGUCAAUAACAAGGCAUGGUUCAGUACAUACGUUACCUACCCCGCCUGCGCCGGUAGAGUCGACAUCAUCUAAGAAGAAAAGGAGAGAAGUCGUUGAUGAGAAGGUCGUUGCUGUCUUUGGCCAUUUGCCCUGGUAUACGAGGAGGACUGGAAUCGCGGGCGCAAACAAGGACGUUCAUCCUGCGGUGCUGUCUCUUGGAAUGCAGAUUAAGGACUAUGUUGUUGUUCAAUCAUACAUUACACCUCCAGGAACAUCCUUAACCAGACACUUGACAACUCAUCUGGGCCACCAAAUCGCCUUUUUGGCAAGUUGCCGACCCCUUGCAAUCAGCCAGGGAAACGCAAUCCGUGCUCUAAAGCUGAUUGUCUCGUCUAUCGACCCUUCUGUUCCCGAGCCAGAUGCUAAACAAGAGAUUUAUGAUUUCAUCGACAAUUUUAUUCGUGAAAAGAUCACUGUUGCAGGCCAAGUCAUUGCCAAUAGUGCUGCCGGGAAGAUUGAUGAUGGUGACGUUAUACUCUGCUUUUCUGGCAGCAGUGUGGUCCAGAGGACGUUACUCACUGCACAUAAACAAGGGAAAAAAUUCCGUGUCUCAAUCAUUGAUACCCGUCCUUUGUUCGAAGGGAGAAACCUUGCCCAAACCCUAGCUAAGGCGGGACUAAGGGUUCAAUAUUCUCUUAUCAAUGGAAUAAGCCAGGCUGUCAAAGAUGCGACGAAAGUUUUCCUCGGUGCGCAUGCCAUGACCAGCAAUGGCGGUUUAUUCUCCAGGGUCGGCACUGCUCUAGUAGCUAUGUCGGCCAAGGAAAAAUCAGGAGGAAUGAACAUUUCUGUCAUUGUAUGCUGUGAAACUAUCAAAUUCACCGACCGUGUUGCACUGGACAGCAUAGUUGUCAACGAGAUAGCCGAGGCCGAUGAACUGGUGGCUGCCGAACCAUGUACAACACUUACAGACCUCCCUCCGCCAGUCACAAAUGUCAAGCCCGAAACAUCCAAGGGCUCUUCAUCUUCUGCUAUUGAAAUACCAGCACAUUUGAAAAAUCCUAAGCUUCCCCUCGAAAAUUGGCGCGAGAUGCCUAACCUGCAGCUCUUGAAUAUUAUGCACGAUCUUACCCCUGCGGAAUACGUUGACAUGGUUGUCACAGAGAUGGGAAGCUUACCACCCAGCGCUGUCCCGGUUGUCCACCGAAUGAGCACCGAAAACCAGAGCUAA